AAGCUUUUCACUGUACCUUGGUACACGUGACAAUAAACUGAACUAGUGUCAUCUCCUGCCACCUCUUUUUAUGGUAUUAUGCGGUGGUGGCAAAUACAAUGGGUUGUUGAAAGCCACCCAGAUUAUUCUAGCAUUACUCCUCUUCACAUGAUCUCUGUCACGGCCAGAAAUACAUUUGUGGCUUUCCACCAAGUUCACCUCAUCAGUAAUUAUAUUGGUCUAGCAACCACUACAAUUGCAAUGCUGUCAGAACUGCUGUCAGAACUGCAUUGUUGAAGAUAAGAGCAUGAAAUAAUACCUGAGAUCUAACCAUUUAAAAACAGAAAUCCUUUAAGUAUUUCGAGAAGAAGCCGGAUUGAACGUUUGUCAGCAAACUGACUUGGUGGGAGAUUGAGAUUCAACCGGACUGAUAAAAGAUCGACUCUGCCUAUUAGAAGUUAAUUGAAUGGGUGAUGUUUUGGGUCGAGACCAUUGAAAUUGUGAUUUAUGUUUGAACCCUAACCAAAUACCAAUGUUUUACGCCAUCUGGUGUUCACAUACAAGAUUGACAUGGAAAGUAUUGAUUGGUGAACUUUUAUUUUUUUAAUUGAGAUACAUUUAAUCAAAAACAAUUCGUCGCGACCGCAAGGAAACGUGAUCACGAAUUUCGCCUCUGGAGCAAUCCAGACAUUUCAAUUUGGAUACACUUCGGUUCCUUCCCCCUCCGCUCGGAUUGGCUGCCGACCUGGUUGUAUCUUUACUGUUAGUUACAUCGUGAACCUUUGUGUUUUCAAGAGCUCGUCUUUGCUGGUCUACUUCCAACCAGAAGCAUGGCCUCGGCUAGCCAUAGUCUGGAUUGUACCUGCUGUUCUAUUGACUCCUCAGUCCCAAGAAGUGUACAGCAGACAUUAGAGGAAAUGGAUUUUGACAGAGGCAUCUGGUCAGCAGCCUGUAAUGGUGAACUCGGCAGGGUGCAGAAUUUUCUGGAAAAAGGGACCGAUCCAAAUUCACCUGAUCGAUCGGGCUACACAGCGUUGCACUAUGCCAGUCGCCGUGGUGAUUAUAAGAUCUGCGAGUAUCUGCUGAAGAAUGGAGCAAACAGUAAUGCUCAGACUAAAGGAGGGGCAACUCCACUUCACAGAGCUGCCUACUGUGGCCACCUCCCUGUGCUCAAGCUGCUGCUGUCCUAUGGAGCCACCCCUGCUAUCACAGAUGAUGACGGCGCAACUCCUCUACACAAGGCUGCAGAAAGGGGUCAUCAGGAGGUGUGCGAUGUUUUGCUCAAGGAGAAUCCUGCUCUAAGGACAAUAAAGGACAGAAGGUCCAGAGCACCUCAUGAUCUGGUGACAGACCAUCCAACUUUGAAGGAACAUCUGCAGCCCAGGAAGUUAACGUGAAAACCAUUUUCUGGAUUUAAUAUCCCCUGCCAAUACAGCACUUCCAACAUCGACUAUAGAUUUUGUAAAAGUAACAAUGUCCUUCAUUUAUAAGUCACAUUGGAGUUUUUUGUCUGGUGGAUUGCCAGGCUGACGUGACUUGAUGUGCUGAUCAACUUGUGGAUGAUUUACAAAAAUAUCUGCAUCCAGCUCCCAUAUUGCUGAGGGUCAACUGAUGACUAUAAUUUUCUGGGUUACUAAAUGCAGUAAUGUAACAACCAAGUUGCUACUACGUUAUUUUAUCCUGCUCAUACAGACUGAUAUUUUAAGGUAUUAAAUUUUCAAAUUAGUGGGC